GGCAGAGGCAGACAGAUGAUAAACAAGUCUCAAGACAGUUUAUUUUGGACAGACAAAAAGAGAUUAUUCGUCAACUGAGGAUCAGUAACAUCUCUGCAGUCCCUAUGCUGCACAAGGCAUGGCCGAGAGACAGGACAACGAGGUGGAGGAGGCUGACCAGAUCUACCUGCUGAUGAAAGAGGAGUAUCGGAUAUCUAGGAAUGUGCGUCUUGCAUGGUUCCUUGGUAAACUAAACCAAGUCAUCUGGCCAGCCUCAAAGCCGGAACUACUGAACUCAGAGAACGAAUUGGACUUGCUCAGCAUCUUACCCAAAGGAUGGCAGUCGGAGUUCUCCCCCUCGAUGUACCCCUACAUGUUGAUGCCAUCCUCUCGGGCCACCUUCCUGGCCCGGAGGUACCGCUUCAUCAUCGAGCUGGACCUCAGCCCCUCGACAGGGAUUGUGGAUGACAGCACAGGAGAGAUGAUAUUCGAUGAGGUGUUUCAUGCCUUGUCCCGAUGUUUGACUGGUCUCAGUCAGCCGUUUAAAGUCCCGGGAACGGAGGAAGUUUUCAAGCCCAAGAUCUUCAUCACCAUCUUGGUGUAUUCAUCAAUUAUCGGACUUACAUCCCAUCAGGUUUUAGUUCAGGGCUGUCAGCUUGAUAGGACGGACCUUGAUGAGUUCCUGCAUCAAAUCUAUCAGCAGCUCAGAGCAGUGGAGAGCAACAUCGCACAAGUCCUUCAUCAGCAGCACGAACAGCCUCUGGAGCAAGUCCAAAAUUCAGGUGUCCAUGGCAACAACCUCGAUGAGCAGUCGCACAGAAAGCAGAGCAUCUCCAUCGUGUCAGCUGAUAUGGGUCUCGUCAGCAUGGUACGCCAAGGCAUCCUGGCCCUUCAGCUGCUGCCUCCAAACUCCAGUGCUGGUAUCAUUAUAAUCACAGAUGGAGUGACUAGUGUUCCCGAUGUAGCCGUGUGUGAAACCCUGCUCAACCAGCUCAGGAGUGGAACUAUCGCAUGCUCCUUUGUGCAGGUUGGCGGUGCGUACUCCUAUGACUGCAGCUUUGGCUACAUCCCCAACGUGGAGCUGAUGAAGUUCAUCUCAUUGGCCACCUUCGGUUCCUUCCUGCCUACCUGUCCUGAUGUCGACUUGAACAGCCAGGAGAUGAAUGCGUAUCACAAGGCCUUCCUGACCUAUUCCUUCCUUAAAACUCCUGAGUCCAUGAACUCCGAGUACUUCUGCGUUUCACAGCACAAACUGUUCAAUGAGCAUCUGUUGUCGGCCAGUGGUAACCCCGCCCUGGUCAUGAGGAGGAAGAAACACACAGAGAAGGAAGUCCAUGCCAACUUAAUCAGCGUGGUGUCUGUGCGACUGAGAGAGGGCUACACCAUCCGAGAGGUCAGCCUCACAAAAGGUGGGACUCAGCUGGAGGUGAAGCUUGUGUUGUUAUGGAAACACAACAUGCAUAUCGAGUAUCUGGCAGCUGCCUCUUGGCCUUUGGACCCCGCCAAGAGAACCACCAGGGUGGAGGUGACUAUGGAGGGAAGCUACGACAUCCUGCAUGAUAUCAGCUGCACCCAGAGGAAGCCCAUCACCAGCCCGUACCGCACUUCUGUCAUCCGGCGCUUUUGGAACACACUGCAGAGCAUCAAUCAGACCGAUCAGAUGUUGGUGCACCUCCAGUCCUUUAAUUCAGUUCCUGAGAACUACAUGAUUCCUGAGAGCACCAAAAAUGGAGUACCUCUGUUUUACAUCCCUCCUGGCUCUACUACUCCGGUCUUGUCAUUGCAGCAUGGUGGAUCCAAAGACUCCUCCCAGUCCCAGUUUGCUUCCUACUGGAAGCCCAUCCUCUCCAUGGACGCAAACUUCUGGCAGAGAUGGCUGCACAUGCAUCGCAUAACGAUCAUCCUCGAACAUGACAUGCCGGUCCCCAAACACCUGCACACAGCUGGCAGCAACGGUCGUUACAGCACCAUACAGUGCCGUAUCUCCCACUCUGCCCUGACGUCUCUUCUGAGGGACUGGAGCAGCUUUGUGCUGGUGGAGGGCUACUCGUAUGUUAAACUCAUAUACAGUUUUCCUGACCAGCCUCCUACCUCCUUCUACUUGGUCCGUCUCAUCUCAAAGACACCGUGUAUGGUGCUGCGUUUGGGUUUCCCUAUUGGUACAACGGCUCUUGUGAGAAACAAGAUUGUGGAGGAGCUGCGGGAGCAGAUCCUGAAACUCCGCUUCCCUCAUCGUGUUCAGAGCAAAGAGGCAACCCCAAAGACAAAAAGGAAAAUAGUCGGCCAUCCAUCGCCAUCCAAAUCACCCUCAAUCCCCGCCCCCAAACCUGCGCUGUCAGACAGGCCGUGUGUGGUGGUGCUCAAUAAGCCUCUGGAAAAGCUCCUCAUAAGGUAUGAGAAGCUACCGUUAGACCUUCGCACUCCCUUCAUUUUCCACAUGGAGAACUUCCCCCCGCCCUCAAACAGCACCGUCCCCCUCAGCAUGGCAGCCAACCGCACAGCCUCCUCCACCCUGGCCUCCCUGUCCCGUUACUUCCUGCACCAGCGCUGGGUGUGGAACGUGCAGAACAGCCAUGGACUGACUGUGGCCAUGCAGGCGGUCGCUCACAUCCUGUCCAUGCUCUCUGAGAUUCGCAUCUCAGAGGGCUUUCACUUUGCGGCCACUGGUGAGGGCAUUGUGAACAUGGUGAUCGAGCUUCCAAUGAAGGCUGUCUCAGGGGAGACUGACAGAGAGAGUCACUCCUGUAUCAUUCAGUACAUCCUGUUUCCACCUCACUCUACAUCCACCAAGGACAGCUUCUCCACUGAUGAUGACAACGACACUGAAGUGGAGGCUGUCGAUGUGGACACGGAGCUGAACCUCGUGACAGAGUGUUGGGUAGAACCGCAGAGUGGCACCGUGAUGAACUGCAUGGAACAGCAUCGCCACUUUAAGGGCCUCAAGUACCAGGAGAUACCUCAAGCAAUAUUCCCCAGAGAUUUUGCCUGUAUGUCCACUAUGAUGACCUUUGAGUAUUUGAGCCAACUGUGUCAGAACAAGGACCAGGUCUGCUCAAUGCCGGCUGGAUUCAAGGAUUUGAGAGGAGAAGCCUCGGACCCUGAGGACAGCAUUCACAUGGUUCCUUUCCAGUUUGACCUCAUUCAGCUGCUACCAAAGUGCCAGCAGGUGGAGCUCUUCUUCCUCACGUUCACUACAGGUAAUGAAAACGAGGAGCAGCUGCACAGCUCCCCCUGUCUGCCUAACGAGCUCCUGCUCAGCCUCUUCCACAGCAGCCUGGAGCAUGAGCUCAGUGACAGAGAGAUCCCGUUAGCUGACAAUGACCACGCCGCCUUCAUGCUCCACAUUUUAGAGCGAGAACGAGACGGCCAUGUGGCUCCUUUCUCCCUACCUGUAAUCAAAGAAGAGUGUGUGAAGCCUUCAGAAAGACAGGACGCGAUGACAUCCUUCCACACCACAUGCAGUGGCAAAGAGGUGAUGGGAUCGACCAGCACUUUACAGAGUUUCAGUAAUGCUGACCUUGUGGAUGAGGAGCCCUUUCUGUUGGAGAGGAACUCCUCCUCACCGCAGUGGAGAGCCUACGCCAAGUACAUCGGCUCACAGCAAAUUCUCCUCACCUUCCUCCCUGCUUCCUUCGCAGAUGUUCUUAUGUUGAAAGCGUCAGGGCUGGAGACGGAGCCUCAGGGUAAUGUUGGCACACAGGAGGACGACACCCUGACACCCAGCAACAGAUCUCAGGCUGACUCCCUUUCUGGCUCAACCAGUUGUCUGGAGAGGUCUGAGUCUGACAUUAGUUUGGCGAGUAAACUACAGAGCAGCUCCAGUAGUGGGCACUUCAACAACAGGUCCCCGUUACUCUCACCACAGUCCGAGAGCCAGACUGGGAAUGCAGACUCGGUCAUCCUAGACCAUGACAGCUGGGACAGCAGAAUGUCUGAGACAGAGGCUGGGAACCCAGGCUCAGAUCUGGGAGAAAAAGAGGGAGUCCAGUUCUCUGAACCACAGAAGGCAGAUUUCCAAAUCGGCUUCGACAGGCAGGUUCCUCAGCUGAGCAGCAUCGACUGCAGCCAAUUAAAGUGUCCUGUCUACGUUUACAACUGCUCCCUGGAUCACCUGAAGGAGCAGCUGGUGCAUCCCAACUCCAACCGCCAACCCAGGGACAUCUUCCUCAGACCUCAAGAUGCUGAAUCCUGGGAGAUGAAUCAGCAGAUGAAGUUCAGGUCACUGUCUCAGGACCGCAGCAGUCCAUCCCCUUGGGCCGAUCUCCUGGCUCAGCCUCACAAAAACAAGGAACUAGCCAACUACUGUGGCCUGCUUCAGGAGCAUUACCACCAGAGCUACGUCAAAGGAGUUUACUGCAGCCUGCAGCAGUCACACAGCAUCAGCUCUCAGGAUGUCCUGAUGGCCAUGGACUACUGUGAAGAAUCUCUGCAGGAGAUUGACAUCACUACCUUCCUGCAGACCCUCUGUGGACACAUCAGGGUCUUCAGGGAACACGGUGAAGCUUCAGUAUGGGGGAGAAAUCCAAAACCUUCAAAGAGCCCUCCCACCUUUAUCAUUGGAGAGAUGGAGGAGGACAAACCAGAUCACAGGGCUGCUCUGGCCUCCUCGUCCAGUAUUGAAAUGGAGGAUACCAGUGAAGCAGAAUAUAGAUGGAAGUCCUCGGCUCCUACAUCCCCACUGAUCCUGGAUGAGUCUAAGGAAGCCAAAAUCCCUGAGUUCUCCCUGUCGAUGCUUCAGACACAGCCCAAGUGUGAAGUGUAUCCAGACCUGCACAAAGUAGUACAGGAUAAAUUCAUGGAGAUUGUGUGUCAGUAUUUUAAAACUGUGCCAUCCAACCCACACUACUUCUUCUACUGCCCGCCAUCAACCAAGAGAGACGAGGGCUCUGAACAUGCGGAGGGCGGGAGGAGACCAAGUGAGGAGCAGGUGUCAGAAGCUGAGCCUGCAACAGAGGAUGAGAACAUGCCGGGCUGCAUCAUGACUGAGAGCGACCCAGACUUGGUGGUGGAGUACGAGGAGCAACCAGACACCAGAACCCAAGGAGAGUGUGAAGAGCAGUCCCUGUCUGACUCCAACACGGUUAACCAGGACCAGGACUCCUUCAGCAUCUUAGAUGGAGACUCCCUGCUGGAGGCUGAGGGGCCCCAGAUGGACAUGCCUCCACUCUUUGUACAUGUAACCUGUUCUGUCAACAUGAAAAGCUGCCAUGGCUCCAUGCCCAUGCAAACUCUGCCUACCUGCCUUGGUGAGAUUAUUUCCUGCCUGGAGAAUGCCGAGUCCUUGAAGUCUGUGGAUUUGAAUGAGCUCUCAGUAACAUUAGAUAUUUUUGUCCUGACACUACCUCUGGAGAUUGAAGUCAUGGCUGAGUUCCAUCACAACAGAUACACGUCAGAGAGCAGUGUGUCCCUGAAUCGGUCACCAGGGCAGCCCUCCUCAUAUCGCUCUGAUGAGGAGCUCAUGGCGGCGCUGGACAACCUGAGGGGAGCUGGUGUUGACGGGGUCUCCAGUGAUCCCUUAUCCAAACUCCCAAUUCCUCACAAGUUAGCGAUUCUCGCCACAAUGGAUGAGAUCCGCUGGCUUCUUGAGGACGAGAUCGUCUCUGCUCUGCGUCAUUCUCGAAUCAUCAGUUCAACCACGCUGCAGAAAGUAGCAGAGCAUGUCAUGCGGUCCAGCGGGCGACCACAUUGUCACUGUGAGGACGUUCCACUGCAGUUUGUCUUUGGGCCAGAGCUGUCGCUGGAAAAAUUCAGAGAGGAGUUCCGCAGAAUGUCCUUCACUGGCUACGUGCUGAACGGAGAGCAGGACAGCUUUUACUACAUGUCUUUGAGCAGACUGCACCCACAGAGGAUUAACGCCACUAAGAAGCUGUCUGAGCGCACUGCUGACCCGCUACAACAACACACCAAUCCCUGCAGCGUGGGAGCAGAGGUGGAGGGGGUCUUACUGGAGAGUGAAGCAGAGAAUGAGGCAGCAGAGGCUGAUAGUGAGAGUGAAGAGAAGAAGUCCAUCAGCACCACUACGGACACUCCGAGUGAUACAACUGCAGAAACCAGUGAGCCAGUCAGAGCCCAGAAGCCUGAGGCAUAUGACAACGUUUCACAGAGCUCCCUUGGCAUGGUAGGGGACAGAGGUCAGCCCAGUGCCCUCCAGCUCCAGACUGAGCCCAGAACAGAGCCAACUUCACCCCCCAAGACCCCAUCCAGUGUCAGCCUGGCUGAGUCUGUGCAGUCUGCCUCCCAAAGCUGUGGCAAACUCAGGCCAAGUCGAGUCCAGAGUGUCGUCUCCAGCCAGGGUAGUCUGGACUCAGACAUGCAAGGAUACGAUGGUGGCAGCAGUGAUUCUGAAUGUGAGAGCCCCACCCUGGAUGAACAUGAGUGUAAGUCUCCACUGAUGCCUGACUUCUGGCUCAUCGUUAACAUUCACCAGGACAGAGUGAAGGUCUACUCCCACUCCAGGUGCUUCACGGAAGGAAAAGACGACAUGGCAAAGGAGAUGGAAAAUAAAGAAGACGAUAUGGAGCUACCUGAAUAUUUACAGCUGCAUCAAAUGGUGGUCAGGAAGAUCGGUGAAAUCUGCAGAGUAGUCAAUCAGCGAAUGCUGCUGCAAGACCUUCAUGACAGUCAUGUGUGUAACUCUCUGCUGGUGGCUGAGAGUGAAGAGGACAUCUGGAAGACGGAGUCUAUCUACAGGCAGAGGCUCAACACUUCAGAUGAUUACAACACGGAGGAAAGCUAUCCGGCAAGAGACUACCUGGCAGCUACCAUGCAGUUCAUCCCUGGACACUUCUCCUGUGACGUUGUGUCGAGCACAAUUAUCCACAUUCACCCUCGCCUCAAGAUUGGACCAAACAUGGGGGUAUCUAGGGCAAUUCAGGCCCUGCGCUCUGUGCUGAACUCUUUCUGUGUCGUCAACCGAAAGAACAUGUUUGUGUACCAGGAGCGGACGACUAAAUCAGUCUUCUACCUCAGACUUUGUGAAACAUCACUAACAGGGAAAUACUCCGAUGUGGAUGGAAACCUCCACGUGGCUCGCUCCAUUGGACUUGCCAGGAGUCAAGAGCCUUUAUAUUCUGAGGAUCUCAUGGGCUCUCGGUCUUCUCUUGACGGCUCUCGACCGGUUGGACAAGUAGACAAGCACAUCCUGCUCCUCGUGCAUGGAGUAGGAAAUGCAGGUCCUGAGAUCACAGACGAGCUGGUGAAGGUGCUGCGCAAACGUUUGGAUGAGACAACCUUGGACAUCAUCACUGUCAUGCUUGUGAGGAACUGCAAGCUGACACCGGCUGAUGUGGAGUUCAUCCAGCCCUCUGGAUCCCAAGCCACUGAGGUGAUGCACUUCAGUCUACCCCAGUACUGUCGUCCAUGGCUGCCCGCUGUGGCUCACUACCUCAGACAGAAUCUCCUCAUCUUCCUGCAUGUACCGAAGUACACCGACAGCAACACAGCACAUCACUUCAAGCACUACUUUCAUUUGAGCAGUGACUUGGCUGAGGGUGAUAUCUUCCUCUACAAUAAGCCUGGAGGCCAAGGGACGGGUGGCAAAGGUAUUGCCUGCAUAGCGCUCUCCUUUGUGGACGCCCAUGGUCAGUCCCUUCAGGUCCCUCCAGCACAGGAAUUUGCCGCUCUGCAGAGAUCAGAUAGCUGCACUAUCUCCCUCCAUCCAGAGCAUUUUGAUGAGCUGACCACUGUUGGUAAAGUGUUCUCCAUCAGCGACGGUCCAGGCACAGACACACAGCUGUACGUACGGUUUGACAUCUGGGAACAAGGAAACGUCAGCCCCUUACAGCUAAGUGAUAAACUACAGGGGGCGCUCCGUCACGCUCUCUGUGACGCUGUCAUGGAACUGAGAGUCCUGCCAAAUCCUCUUUGUCUAGGAGUGUCCUGCCCAGCAACUAAAGCUCAGAAGGAAGAGGCUAAAGGACUUUUAAUUUCUUUGCCUGAAGUGAAAGAAGUGAAGGACAGCCAAAGGCAACGCAGUGGUUCACGGGUCUUUAAAACAAGCCCCUCUCCCAUCACCUUACCCCAAGUUGUAGGGAGCACCCAGAUGCCAGGGACCAGCACCCCUGAGUCCACCACACCCACCAGCAAGAGCACCCGCCGGAGCUUCUGGGAUAUACUGAGUAAGCCUGACUCAUCAGAGCUUGGAAGCCCAAAGACAACUGAUGACAUCGUGCAGGAGAAAGGAGAAGAGGGCCGGGCAGCAAGACGAAGACACAAGACGGAGAACGUGAAGCAGCAGUGGAGCCAGGAGAAGGCGAUGGCUGUGGAGCACGAGCAGGCCCAGAGGCGGUACGUCUCUCAGCUGGAGGAAGGAGAUACAGGUACUCUACACCCCAUGUACCAGCUCACCUGCCAACCAUGGAUGACUUUCAUGGCUAAACUUGGCUGCCCCUCCAUUCAGCAGUGCACGGCUGAAAUUGCUUCACACUUCCUUCUGCCGUCCGUCUUGGCGGAAAUAGUCAAUUUGGUCAGUUCUCUGGCCAGUGAUACAGCAGUGAAGGCAUUCGAGAAGAAAAGCUGCCCUCAAUCUGAGGACGUGUUUGCACCGUUCCCCCUCCUCCUGAACCUCAGCCAGCCUCCAGGCGCGACCAGGACCUUCAUCCUCAUCGGACGCAGCUUCCACCAGUGGCACUGCAGCACAGAGCAAGAAGACAGUUCAGAUGAGGAACACUCCCCAGUGCUUAAUAGGUUCACACCUCAUAAGGGCUUCCAGCGCUUCGAGGCUCUGGAGCAGAGUGAUGUGUUCAGUCCUAUCCAGGCCGGGGCAGGACUGGCUCCCCGCCAGAGGUUCCUCUACAUCAGCAUCCUGGACAAAAAGGUGACUCUAUACAGCUAUAACUGGUCCGUGGACCUCGGCGCCUCUCUGAACCGUGAUAUCAUCCGCCUCGUUAAGUGGCAAAAUGCAAGGGCUCAUGUUGUCCACUGUCUGCUCAACCAGAAGAUGGGCCUCUUCCACCAUCACUGCUUCUCUGAUGCACCCUUUCACGAACUGGACUCCAAACAGGAUCCCAAUCCGUUCCUAAGCCCUUCCAUGGAGCCGGAUGCUUUGCUGCGCAGCACAGUUCCUCCUUUGCCCAGUAAAGAGCAGGGCAGGCUGGGAAGCUCUGGUCGAAGUCUCGCUCCACUCCACUUCCCCUCUGAGUUGCUCCCCUUUGACGAGGCUCUUAGGGACGUCUGCACCAUCAGACCCUUGAUGGACGGGGAUGUGGUGGCCCGACAUGGAUCUCAGCUCCUGGAGAUCAAGGCUGCUGAGCGUAGAGAAAUGGAGAAACAGAUGAAAAUCGAGAACCUGUUUGUGACUUGGCAGCAGAGGUCAGCACAGUCAAACAUGCCAAUUUCAGGGGCAGAUUUGGAGACCCUGAAACAGUCAUCUAGGCUAGUCCACUAUUGUGCAACCCCUCUCCUCUUUGACCCCGUCUUCCGCAAGCAGAUCCAAGAGGAACAAAUUGUUCAGCCUCCAGUAAAGAAACGGCAUUGUUCCAGUGACUCCACAGCGUCAGGACGGGACCGAAGCUACAGCACUGACUCAGGUGAUAUGCUUCCCAGCCGACUGAAGGAAGAGCCCUGGCUUCUGGAAAUUUCUGGCACCUUCCUCCAGCAGUACGUCCAAUACCUGCAGAGCAUGGGCUUCAUUUUGGUUCAGGUCCGGCCUCAGUCUCCAGCUCGCAGCAUAGCCCGUGCUCGGGCUGCGAUGCUGAACUCGAUGUCAUCAGAAGGGAGAAUGUCUUUUUCUUACGUAAAGCAGAAGAGCGAGGACAGCCCUAAGACUACGCUUUCUGCAACCACCGCAUACCACCUCCAGAGGGCGCUACCAGGGGGCAUUGUAUUGAUGGAACUGGCCUUUAAGGGGUGUUACUUCUGUGUGAAGCAGUAUGCGCUGGAGUGUUCACGCAUCCCCAUGGGACAGACGGUCAACUCUCAGGGCAGCCUCCUCACCAAACCUCGUUGCAAGCCGUUCCCCGAUGCCACCCCAGUAUCUGACUGUGCGCUCUCCAUGCUCUUCACGGAGGAGUGCGAUAAGGUGCGCGACCUGAUGCAUGUUCACUCCUUCAGCUACGACUUCCACCUGAGAGUGGUUCACCAGUACUUGGUCGGCUGCCACAUGACGCUUAGACAGGGCUACCAGCUCACCGACUUCUUGGACGACUUCAUUUCCCAUCACCCGGAUAUUCCCAAGUUUGGCCGCAAUCAUGUUUUUCAAGGGAGCUUCUCGAUCUCCACGGGGAUGAUUACCGCUCACCAGCUCUACAACUACAUCACUGACCACACCAGCACCUACGGCAUGAAGCCCCUUCGCAUGUCCAAGGGUCCAGCUACCAAUGAUAGUAAGAAAGGAACCCCUGACCUACAUGAGUAUGCACUUGUGGCUCUUUGGAACAGUUCUGGCUCUUACAAGGAUCUGGAGGGCCUCCACCACCAUGAUGACUUUGACGUGUCCAUGGUUGUGUGCCAUAAUGCCGCCCCAUUUGAGGAGCAGUCAGAUGGGGAGAGGCAUUUGCUGAGGUUGCGGUUCUAUGUAAUCAUGACCAGUCAGAGAGAGCUCUUCCCACGCCUCACUGCUGACAUGCGCCGUUUCAAGAAGCUUCCUCAGAUCCAUCGAGAGCCUGGCGAACUGGGUGGCCGGCUUCCCCCGGAUCGAGCUGAGGCCGGUGGAUCCCAUGGAGCUGAACAGGAACUUUGGGAGGAAACAUCGUCUGAAGCUGCAGCUGCCUUGGCCCCCUGUUAUAGCAAUGAGUUUUUCCCUCUGGCAGGUUGUGGGGCAGAGGCUCAGAGGCUGCUGUAUCCCUCCCCUCUGUUCCCUCUGCUCAAUAAUGAGGUAGCAUCAGCCCGCAGGCAGAUCCAGACCAGUGUGGAGCAGGCCAUGGCAUGCCGCAGGGAUAACCUGUGGAGGAGGCUGUUCCAUGGAGAGCAUCUGGCACUGGACAAACUGAAGCUGACCAAACUGUCGUUCAGUGAGCUGGAGGAGCUGCUGGAGGCUGUGCAGAGCCGCUCGGUGGGGGAGAUCGACCCACAACUGGACUGUUUCCUGACCAUGAGUCCAGCUUGGUACCAGAGUCUGAUCAAAGUUCUUCUCAACCGCUUCCCUCAGAGCUGCAGACACUUUGAUGACAACGGCAUUCAAUAUCUGGCUGUCCUGAACCAGAAGUUCACAGACUGCUUUGUUUUGGUCUUUCUGGACAGCCAAGCUGGAAAAACAAGUCUUAAGGUUGUGUUUCGUGAGCCGCUGCCGUCGCAGCAGCAACCCAGCAGCAGUCCUCCUCCUCAGCUGGUGUCAAUGUACCAUCACCUGGAGUCUGUCAUCAACACAGCCUGCUAUAACCUCUGGACAGGACUGUUAUAGAGCAGGUCACAGCUGGACUCGGCACACUUCAUAGCCAUGUGACUGUAGCAUGGAAACAGUCAGCAGUCGAGGUAACCACAGGACAACAAGACGCUUGAAGGAGUUUGUGAAGAGGUAAUGACCAGUCUGACAGAGCAAAGCUUCAUCUCAAACAGGGAUGUUACUGUGCAUUGGAUGUGUAUAAUAGACUCUCAGAAGAUAAAUACCCACCUAAAAGGAAAACUGGUCAGCUCUCAGUAUUUAGUCCUCCGUUGUUCUCAGCCUGUUGCUUCUCUCUUGGAAUUAGUGAUCCGUUAGCCUAAACAGACGCUACACGUUUAAUUGUGUUGUUUGGGAUAUUUGAAAAUAUUCCAGUAUCACCAGUGACAAUCACACACUGAUCUGCCUUUCAAUUAUCCAGUAAGAUUCAGUAAUCCUGACUAUGCAGCCGCAGCAUGAACAGUACAAAGUGAAAAUACUUCUCACAGCUGUUUGUCAGUGUACACCGAGUAAAAGAUGGAUACAUCACAAGUAUGUUUCUGUCAAUACAAGUCGUUUUUCUCUGUGGUGAAAUAUGAGGGGAAAAGCUCCUCUCUCACCACGCGUUAUAAUCUGCCUCUGUAGAUGAGUGGACCAGCCACCAUUUAUAGAGGUUGCCCUAACUUUGGCACAGAACCCCUGCUCUGUUAGGUACGUCGCCUUUAAGAGCUAGAACUGGAGGAUGCAAACUGUACUGUGUCUCCUCUGCAGCUAGAGGCAGCAGAGUCAAAUGCUUUGGCCACAACAUGUGAAACUUUCCCAGUAAUGCAGAAAGAAUCUCACCAACAUUUAAUCCAGUACAUCCCUGAACGUCUAUUAACCUACAGACCCUGCACACACUGGGUUCAGAAUAAGUGAAGGAAAACCAAACACGGUUAAAAGGUUAUUUUCUUUUAUCCCACUUAACGACUCAAAUUUAAAGUGCUCUGCGUUGCUAUUUGCUAAAGUCAAAGGCGCACUACUUCUUUACCAUUUACUGUCAGGAGCAUGUUAUGCACAUCAAAAGGUGAACCUGCAUUCACAACACGUUGACACUCUGCUUGUCUCACACACUGGCCUGCAGCAGUGCACCUUAUGCCCAGCUACCUCCUCACACCUCUGUGGUACCUGAAGGAGCUCCUUUGGAUUCAUGCUAACUUUGGCAUCGGUCUGUUUUUAGCAUCCAAACAGUGGAUUCAGUCCCUCGUGGUAAUGUGUGGUUUUUUUUACCUGUCGAGUGGACAUACCAAUAUUUUGUUUUCCACAUUAAGGCUUCAAAGUAUUUCUGCAGUAUUUCUUUCUUCAUUAAUAUGUCGAAGUGAUCUUGAAGUGUGUGCCUUCUCAAAGCAUUGAGCUCCUAAUGAAGAGAGAGAGGGAGAGGAUGUCAGUGUGCACAGUGCUUAGACUUUAAUGCUAAAUUUCAGUGUCAAAACGUGUUACCCAACUGCCGUAUCAGACGCCCUGAAGUGCCUUUCCCUGUUUAAUUUUUUUUCUUUUUAAUAUUUUCCAAACGUAUGACGGGAUGCUGUUGUUGUUCCAUUAGCUCUGCAUAGAUGAUCUGUUAAAACACUCAUCCUUGAUGUGUUGCAGUGAAAGUGCCUGACUCAGUUUAGGGAAUAUCAAAGUAACUGACUUUUUAUGAGAACAAAAAGGUUUUGAUGACUUACAUAAUGUAACGCGACAUGUAAUCAGAGCUGAGUGUUUGCACAAUGAUGAGCUCUGCGUGUGUUGUGAAACGAUGUGGCUGAUAAUCAGAGCUCAUGAGUGUGUGCUGCCCGCCUGAUACAAACAUGAAGGCUUCAUGACCAUUACAACCUCCACUAAUGUCUUCACUAGACACUCGUAGAUUUCUACACAUUUUCAAUGGAAGGAUACCGAAUGUGUUUGAGUUUCUUAAGAAGGAAAACGAACGACAUGCUGGGCAAACUGCUCAGAGGAUUCAGUCUGAAUGUGACACACUGGAGAUGACGCAAACUGUGAACUGCAAUAAAGAAGCCCUCGGCAUUUUCACUCUGUAAUAUAGUCAUUGCACUGUUGUUGUUAAAUGUAUAAUAUGUAUAUACAGAACAAUUUAUACAGUAUGUCAAAUGCUCAAUAAAGCCCUGGAAUGAAUGAAAA